UGUUUUCAGUGUAAUUAGUAAGCAAGAAUAACCAAUGAAACUAAUAAGGUUCUGAAACUAUUACUCUUGACCCUUCUCUAUCAUUUCUGCAGAAGCUUUUCAGCUGCAAUAGGAUAAUGGCAGCAGAACCUGUUAAUAUUGAUGAAUUUCGAGAAUUAGCUAGGCAAGCCCUUCCAAAAAUGUAUUAUGAUUUCUUCAAUGGAGGAGCUGAAGAUCAGUUCACCUUAAGAGAGAACGAAGAAGCAUUUCAUCGAAUCACUAUUCAGCCUAGAGUUCUUCUAGAUGUGAGCAGCAUCGAUUUAUCGACUACGGUAUUCGGUUAUAAUAUCUCGAUGCCGGUCAUGAUCGCUCCAACGUCCAGGCAUAAGCUGGCAAAUCCUUUAGGAGAGAUUGCUACGGCCAGAGCAGCAUCUGCAUGCAACACAAUUAUGGUUUUAUCUCUCUCAUCGACAUGUACUUUGGAGGAAGUCGCUGCCUGCUGCAAUGCCGUUCGGUUCUUCCAAUUAUACGUGUAUAAGAGACGGGAUAUAACAGCUAAGCUGGUGCAAAGAGCUGAAAAUAAUGGAUAUAAGGCCAUUGUUCUAACCGUUGAUUCUCCGAGACAUGGUCGAAGGGAGGCGGACAUUAAGAACAAGAUCAUUGUACCUGAAUUGAAGAACGUGGAGGGUCUAUUUACAACUAAGUUUUUUGACGGUGGAGGUUCAAAUUUAGAUUCUCUGGCGAAUUCGACCCGUGAUCCUUCAUUCAGUUGGGAGGACAUCGGUUGGUUGAAAUCCAUCACAAAAUUGCCAAUUCUGAUCAAAGGGAUACUCACUCGAGAAGACGCCAUUAAAGCUCUGGAAGUAGGUGCUGCCGGUAUUAUCGUCUCCAAUCACGGAGCUCGCCAGCUUGAUUAUUGUCCUGCCACAAUUUCUGUUCUUGAAGAGGUGGUUCAUGCCGUCGGUGGAAAAGUCCCGGUUUUCCUCGACGGAGGAGUGCGGCGAGGAACUGAUAUUUUCAAGGCAAUGGCUCUUGGUGCACAAGCUGUCCUAGUCGGAAGGCCGGUUAUGUACGGACUUGCCGCAAGGGGAGAAUACGGAGUCCGGCAAGUCCUCGAAAUGCUCAAGAACGAGCUUGAACUCGCCAUGGCCCUUGCUGGUUGUUCUAGUGUGAAGGAAAUUACCAGGAGCCAUGUUAGAACCAAACAUGACAGGCAGCUCCUCUCAUUGCUAUAAUAUUU